AUGGAUCAAAUAUUACAAUUAGAAAAAGAAAUAGAAGGCUUACGACAGAAGUUAAUAGAAAAAGAAAACGAAUUACACACGCUUAAAAUAAGUUUAAAUUUGAGUCAGAGUGCUGUGCUACAAAAUGGUGCAUCAGAAGCCUGUAAUGGCAAUCAGAAAGUGAUGUAUGGAGCUCUACCAAAGUGGGCAAUAGAAAGGUACAGCCGACAGAUUCUACUCCGCGAGAUAGGAGUGCCUGGGCAGUCUAAGAUAUGUUCAGCUCGGGUGCUAAUAGUAGGGGCUGGUGGACUUGGAUGUCCAGCGGCAAUGUAUUUGGCUGGCUCUGGGGUUGGAGAGAUCGGCAUUGUAGACUAUGAUGUUGUAGAAAUAACGAAUAUUCAUAGACAAUUGUUACAUAAAGAAGAGAAUGUUGGUAUGAAUAAGGCUGAGUCAGCAGCGCAUGCUAUAAGAAGCAUAAACUCCCAAAUUAAGGUGACCCCAUACAAGGUACAGCUGGGCUCGUCAAACGCUUUACAAAUUGCAUCCAAAUAUGACUUGGUCUUAGAUUGCACUGACAACGCACCGACAAGAUAUCUACUGAGUGACCUCUGCGUGUUAGCUAAGCUGCCUCUUAUAUCGGGCAGUGCUUUAAAACUGGAAGGACAACUGACGGUGUACUGCUAUAGAUCUGACUUACAUUCAGAAGAUAAGAAUAGCACAUAUAGAGGGCCUUGCUAUCGCUGUGUGUUUGCGACCCCUCCGUCCCCUGAUGCUAUGGGGUCUUGCUCUCAGCAUGGGGUCGCUGGGCCCGUGCCUGGGACUAUUGGCACUCUCCAAGCUAUGGAAGCUAUUAAGCUGAUAAUAGGUCACCCAUCCACAAAUUUGUUGGUGGGAAGGAUGCUGAUAAUGGAUGUGGAUGAUAUGUCGUGUAAAGUAGUAAAAUUACGUCAACGCAACCCAAUGUGUGCGGCUUGUUCGGACACGCCGACAAUCACCCGUCUGGUUGAUUACGAGGCGUUCUGCAAAACGCUGGCCAAAGAAAAAGAAUUAGAACUCCACAUUCUGCCACCAAUAAACCGCAUCACGGCUAAAGAUUUCUCUAUACUCCAGAAAGAGAAAACAACUCUACUGAUAGAUGUGAGAAACGAAUCCGAAUUUGACAUGUGUCACAUAGAGGGCGCUCAGAAUUCGCCAAUAGACAAUGUAGAAUCCAAGAUGGAGGAGUUAUUGAGAAGAGUACAAGAUAAUAAAGGAGCAGUGGUGUUCGUAUGUCGGCGCGGCAAUGAUUCCCAGAUUGCAGCCAAAAUGCUUUUAUCGAAGCUUCCAGAAGAACAUAAGUCCAAAAUUAAAGAUAUGAUCGGUGGUCUACACGCUUGGGCUCAAGAUAUAGACAAAACAUUUCCUGUGUAUUAA